UGGCGCAGACUUGUUACAUGAACUCCACUCUGCAAGGCCUCCUGACACUGACUCAUUUCAUUCAGGAGGUCCACAACCAGCAGCAGGUGUGGCGUUCUCACCCCGAAUCUCAGCUCAUCAGAGGUUUUGUGGAGGUCGAAGUCUGCCGCUUCAGCAACAGCAAAGCGGAGAAAAAAAGUGUCCUGGCUGCCUUUAAAAAGACUGUCGCUGAGUUUAACUCAGAGUUUGAGGACGACAGUCAGAAAGACGCCCAUGAGUUCCUCAGCUGUGUGCUGGAUAAGCUGAGGUCUCUGUCCGUCGAUCUGCAGUCAGCAGCAGGGGACAUGGGCAUCAGUUACACCUGCCCUGUUAAUGCUCACAUUACCUUCCAGAUGUUGAGCACCAGGACCUGCCAGGGAUGUGGAAUGCAAUCCAUGAGGGAGGAGGAUUAUAUGAACCUGUCCCUGGACCUGGUGCCUGGAGGCACAGUGAGCCAGUGUCUGCAGGAGUACCUGAAAGAGAGCCAGUUGGAGUAUCGGUGCGAGUGUGAUGCUGAGGAGUCGACACAGCAAAUGUCAUUCUUGACCCUGCCAAAUGUACUGAUCCUCCAGCUGAAGAGAUUCAGAUUCACCGAGUCCUUCAACCUGGAGAAGGUGGACAGCCCCAUCCUUUUAUCAAGGGAGCUGAUGGUGAAACCUGCAUCCAGCAUCACCAAACAGACAAUGACUCGCUACUCUCUAGUGAGCAUCGUCAGCCAUUUGGGCUCCACAGCUCACUCUGGCCACUACAUCUGUGAUGGUGCUCACCGAGAGCAGAAACCAGGUGACAUGACAGACCGCUGGCUCAUGUACAACGACAAAGACGUCAGUGAGACAACCGGCGCAUCUGUCUGUUACCUGCGGCAGCAAACAGCAUACAUGCUGUUCUAUGAGAAACAGAAUUCAUAAAACUGACCUGGGGAAGACGCUAACCAAGAACAACCCAGAGCAGUGAGGAGCAGCUAGGAGGAGGAUCGCCUAGCACCCAAGACAUUAUGGACAACAUUGGAGUACAACGGGGAAAAGGUGUACUUAUUUCCUGACUUGGCUGAGGACAUCCUGAAGCAGCAACACCGUUUUAACAAAGUCAAGACAAAAUGCAAGGCCAAGGGCAUCAGGUCUGGAUUUCGACAUCCAGCCGCAUUCAGUGUUGCAAAGUUCAUGUUCUUUCACUGAGGGAGAGCGAGGGAAUAAGAUGGCCUAACCUUACAUUCAUAUCAAGCAAGGUGACCAGAUCACGACAGGAACAGCG